AUGCUGAGAAGAGUUCAGAGAGCGCCGAGACGACAACGCAGCUCAAGCUGGAAGCUGCUGAAAUUGGCGCUUGCUAUAUUAUCUUUUUAGAAGCUCAUUAGUUGAUUAGAAGUGUAUGAGGCGUCGAUCUCCGACGUGUGAUGCUAAACAUGCAGGUAUUUAACGAUGAAACCGAGUUUACGGACAUUCAUAUGAUCCAAAAAGUUGUGGGCUUAUUUGGUCACCAGCCUCAGAUGCAGAGGAUAAUAACAUGUGGCCUUCUCGGUAUUGAAUAUGAUGCAGAGCUAGAUGUGGAUGAUGUGGUUGAUUAUGACAGUUGGGCUCACCGUCGUCACAGCUUUAAUCAAUAUUUCGAUUGCGACACAUUAAGUGAAAACCGUACGGGAGCGUCCAGUUCUACUUAUCGGUCCCCUCUACAUUACUACUCUUCAGUUCGCGGCAAAUCCAGCCCGUCGUCUUAUAAAGUUCAGACGAAGGAGAGCGAUUCUGAACGAAAAGCCCGUUUAUUACAAGAAACUAAAAAGAGCAAAGAAAAAGCAGAGAAAAAGCGGCUUAAGAAACAGAAACGGAAGCAAAGAAAACAAAUGGAGAAGGUGAAACAAAAUCCUGGAGAACCUCAAGAGGGAGACGCUGCAGAAGAAUCAGAGGAGAGUAAAUCUGUUAAUGAUGACGAGAAGAAGAAGAACUUGGCUGCAGCUAAAGACACAGACAGCGACAGCAGCAGCGAACAGGAAUCCAGCGACGACGAUGAAGACGCCAAAAAUGACUCGCACGAUUUCGAGGAACUGGAUAUGGCGAGUUCCUUUGUGACCAAAGCGGCUCUUAUAGCGCAGCGUAAAUUGGAGCAAAAUCCCAAAUCGGAUAAAAAGGACAAAAAGAAGACUCCAGAGAAGGAGAAGUCUAAAAGUGUUCCUGUUAAAACGUCUGAGAAUAAAGAGGACGUGAAGGGGGCGCAGCAAAAGGAUUCUGUCGUCCUCAGCGCUCCUUCUAUAGUAGAUAAUAUAAAAAUAAGUACCGAUCUCGCAAUUAUAGGAAAUAAAUUUGCCAGCACAGGAGACUACGGCAUGGCUGUGAAGUAUUUCACAGAUGCAAUUAAGUACAACCCUAAAGAGUUUAAGUUGUUUGGGAAUCGCUCCUUCUGUUUUGAAAAGAUGCAGGAGUAUGAGAAAGCGCUGACAGAUUCAGAGUUGGCGCUCAGUGUUUCUCCAGGAUGGGUGAAAGGUCUCUUUAGAAAAGGCAAAGCUCUAGCAGGUCUAAAGAGAUAUAAAGAGGCCGCUGAUGCCUUCAGGGACGUCCUGAAACGAGAGAGUUCCUAUGCAGAAGCAGCGCAGGAGCUCAUGCGAGUUCAGAUAAUACAACUGAUGGCGUACGGUUUUACCCGAGAGCAGAGCUCUAAUGCUUUAAUCAUUCAUGGUUCUGUAGAUAAAGCCUUAGAGGUUCUGUCUAAAUUACACAAUCCACCAGGAGCCGUUUUAAAUGGACCUCUCCCACCGGCUCAACUAGCAAACGUCACCGGAGUCUCUCCAGUUCUUUCUGCCAAUUCUAGUCCUGUGUCUGUUGCUUCUACUAAGUCACAUGACACAACUAAGAAACCUCUUCUGGACAAACCCUUAGGCCUCGUUCAGAAUAUACCCAAUGGUGACAAUCAGUCUAAGCCUGCUUAUAACCAGGCUGGGAGGAUAAAUAGUGAUAGAACCCCACCGGAGUUGUUUCCAGUUUGGGUGGGAAACUUGUGUUUUCCAGCAACUGAAGCCAAGAUUAGCAAGCUGUUUAGCAAGGCCGGCCUGGUCUUUAGUGUGAAGCUUCUUACCAUCAAACGUUGUGCCUUUGUGAACUUUACUAAACAAGAGCACUGCGAUGAAGCCAUCAGACUCUUUCAUGGUUAUGAUCUGAAUGGCAUAAAGAUAGCUGUGAGAUACCCGGACCGCAUUCCUCCAGGGAUGGGCAUCUCCAGGUCUGCGCUCAGAGCUCGAGAUCUACAUGAUGAGAACCUCAGACAAUGCAACAAUGGGAAGAAGGCGGUGGGAAACCAAAGAUGUUUUCGUGAUCACAAUCCAGACCCAGGAAGCCUCUGAUUCAUCAAAAUAUUAUCAAUAGACGCAGAAUAUCUUAACGCUUUUACUUCCAGAUGAAACAAUGGUAUUCACCAAACUUUAAGGUUUUCCUGCCCAACGCUUUUACUCCUGUUAAGCCACAGAAAUCUGAUUCUUUUGUAUUAUCACAGAAGGUGACUCAUUAAUCCAAAUAUGGUCCAUUAUUGUUAGGAUAUAUUUUUUUAAAGCUAUAAUUUAAAACAGAAUUGUCUUGAUGGUAAAUUGAAGACUUAAAGUUCAGAAGAAGGUCACCAUUAUAUUUUGAAUGUUGCCAUAUUAGUGCCAGUGGCUUCAAGUAUUGAUGAAGUAUAACGCCAGUUUGUUACAGCUAAUCACCUGCUUACAGUAUUAAAUUGAUUAAAACAUUAAUCAAACAAAACAUUAAGGAGUCAUGAUGUAUACAGAAAGUAAGACAGAUGUAUAACAGAUAUACUUUACAUUGACCUUGUAUUCAUAUAUGGAUCUUUUAGGAGAAUCUCUGCCUUACAUGCACAGCCUGCAUCAUUUCUGUAUCCAGUUUAUUUUUUUUUCUAAACUUAAAAUAUGUUAAUUGUUCUCAAUUGCAUAAGGACAGUUCUAUGCAUCCUAUAUUAUAAGCUUGUUUUUUUCCCCUUUCUAGAGACUGAAUAGCUGUUUAUCCUCUUUGAUUUAUCAUUAGUGAUUUACCAUGAGGUUGUGCACACUUGUACCUUUAUUAACCAGGUGGCUAUUCCUAAUGUGAAAAUUAAAGACGCUUUAUUAAUCUGAA